CAAGAUACCGUAAGCUUACUUCCUUGUCAGUGUCAGGGUCACACACACACACACAGGAUGGAUGGCUACACACACUCCAGCAUCAGCAGCAAGAGGGUGCUCUAAGAGGGGGUGAAUCUGCAGGAAAUAUCUGACUCCAUUAGCAGACAGGAGUGAGAGACUUUGAUUGCCUGACCAACUCUGAGACAGAGUCAAUUCAGUGAGAUUCAAAUUGCUCCUCCAGUCCACAACGACCACCACCACAGAGUUACCAAUGGAGUUCCUGCACAGCCUCAGCUCUCCCACCUCCUGCCCUUCCAUCUACAGCCGCAACAACAUCAGCAUCAUCCUGGAGCACUACAACUUCACGGGCAAGCUCCAGCACCGAAAACCCUCCAGCAGUGGGGUCAGUCCACUGGCGGCCAUCUUGCUUUGCUUUAGCAUCUUCAUCAUCCUGGAGAACCUGAUGGUGCUGUUGGCUGUGCUAUUCUGCACACGGCAGCGCCACCGCUGGGUGUUCAUCUGCAUUGCCAACAUUGCGCUUAGUGACUUGCUAACUGGAGCAGCCUACGUGGUCAACAUCUGCUUGUCUGGUGCUCGGACCUUCAGCCUGAGUCCGUUUCUUUGGCUCUUCAGGGAGGGGCUUCUGUUUGUAGCUUUAGCCGCCUCCAUCUUUAGCCUUUUGCUUAUAGCCGUAGAACGCUAUACCACCAUGAUGAAGCCGAUGCACCAGAAGUCGUCCAGGAAGACUUACCGUGUUUACCUGAUGGUGGUGCUGUGCUGGCUAGCAGCAUUUGUUAUCGGCUUCCUGCCUCUUCUGGGCUGGAACUGUGUGUGUGACCUUGGCAGCUGCUCUACGCUCCUGCCGCUCUACUCUAAAAGGUACAUCCUGUUUGCUUUAAUCAUUUUCUUUGUUAUCCUCCUGACCAUCGGUGCGCUCUAUUUCUCCAUCUACUGGCACGUCCGCAGCAGCACCAACUCAAACUCCAUCCGAAGCCGAAAGCGUUCUCUUCGGCUACUCAAAGCGGUCAUAUCCAUUGUUGGUAUUUUCAUCAUCUGCUGGGGGCCUCUGUUUAUUCUCCUUUUGAUGGACUACUACUGCCACUCACGCCGCUGCAGCGCCCUCUUCAAUCCGCACUGGGUAAUAUCCCUAGCCGUGCUCAACUCAGCCAUGAACCCCCUCAUUUACUCUCUUGGCAGCCUGGAGCUGCGCAAGGCCAUCGCCAGCCUGCUGUGCUGCUGCUGCCUGAAGGUGGGCAUCCUUGACCCCAAGAACUUCAUGUCUAAAGAGACGUCCAGUACGUCUGGGAGUCGCCCAAGUAGCCUCCGAAACAGCUUCAACAAAGUGAGGAACCUGAGCACGCAGCAAAGUCCUCUGCAAAGUCCCCUGCAAAGUCCCCUGCAAAGUCCUCUGCAAAGUCCAAAGAAAAUAAGCAAGAAAACCAGACUGAGCUCCACCACGUCAUGCCUGUCAGCAUCCAGCAGUUAGACCACACGGGGGAAGGUGUGGGCCUACGCUGCCACAGGACAAACACCUCUCAUUUCCACCCAACAGCCCACAAACACACACACACACACACACACGUGGUCAUGAACCAUCUUUAGCGCUCUUCAGGAGAACGACCAGUAUGACCUAUUCUAAGUCCUUCAUUUAAGCAAACUGUGCAACUAUACAAAUACACACAGUGCCAGGAAGGCUGCUCUUCUAAGUGUGUCUAUCUAGUUACAAUAACAAUAUAUUACUCACUUUUCUAAAAAAAAAAAAAAAAGAAA